UUCAAAACAAGACGUGUUUUCGAACGAUAAAUAAUGAGUUUAAUAUUUGUAGUUAGGGAUCAAGAGAGUACUGUAUAUGCAGAAGUUGCUGAGUUGCUAUUGAAAAGUGGGAAGUGGAGAAAGGCCCAGAGCAAAAACACUCCAAAGUUUCAUUUGUUGUUUGGAGAAAGGAAUGGGCUAAAAUUCGGUAAACUUGGUCAUGAACCAGGGCUUUUACAAGCUGUUAACUAUUACCGUGGCAAUGGUCUGAUAUGCAGAAAAGUACAACUGACACAAAUGCUAAAGGCAACUUGUUCACAUCCACAUGAGCAAACACAUGAGCGUGUGCAGAAUGAACAUGAGCAACACGGCUGCCAGAGUUGGUACCCAACUUCAUUUGUGAUUCACCCGACAACAGAAGGAACUCCAGAAAGCAGUUCCCUCAGUGUAAAGGAGAGAAUGAUGAUGGCUCAUAAGGUGAGAGAGGACGAAAGAGAAGAUUUCCAGAGAGUUCAAAGAUUGAUGAAAGAAAAAAGGGAAGGUUCUGUAUGGAUAGCAAAAUCUAGUGCAGGAGCGAAAGGUAAAGGUCUGUUGGUGUCUGAGGAUGCCGACACUUUACUCAACUUCAUCGACUCGCAGUCAUUCUCACACGUUAUUCAGAAAUACAUUGAAAAGCCACUGCUUCUCCCAGGAUCAAGGAAGUUUGAUAUCAGGUGCUGGGCUGUGUUAGACCAUACGUACACCAUUCACUUAUUCAAAGAAGGUGUGCUGAGGACCUCAGCUGAAUGUUACAAUGCUGGAGAUUAUAGCAAUACUAUAAGCCACAUUACUAAUCAUUGCAUACAGCAAGAAUAUUCUGAAAACUUUGGGAAGUAUGAAGAAGGUAAUGAGAUGUUCUAUGAGGAAUUUGAUAGAUUCCUUGAUAAGUACUACAAGACAUCACUGGAAUUAAGUAUACUACCUCAAAUCAGGCAUAUCAUAAAGUAUUGCCUACUGGCCUGCCAGGAAAACCUUGAUACAAAGCAUCUAUCCUAUCAUAGCUUUCAACUAUUUGGUUUUGACUUCAUGUUGGAUGAUGCAUUAAGGGUGUGGUUACUGGAAGUUAAUGGAGCUCCUGCAUGUGCUAAGAAACUACUUCCACGACUGGCAAAUGGUAUAAUGUCCACUGUGAUUAACCCAAUAUUCUUUCCGGAGGAACAACAUGAACCUCAUCAAGACUUUGAAGUUUUAUGACAAAAUAUAUUUAGUGUACAAAAUCAUUUAAUUUAAAUUUAUUACUGCAUGUAGACAUAUCAUGAAAAUAAGUACAGGUACUUGUAAUUCUUCAGAUAUAUACCUCACCCAUUGGAACACAAAUUUAAGCCUAUUUUGGGGAGUGGAACAUGAGAGAGUCAGCUUAAAAAAAAAAAAUAAAAAAACUAAUGGAAGCCAUGUCCAAUUACAGGUCUCCCUCUAAUUAAAGACCACCUGCAAUUAUUAAAGACCAAAUUAACAAAUGUCUUUCAUCUUUAUUAUUCUAAUUAGAGACCAAAUGUGCUAAGACAAUUGAAACAUAGGUUCAAAAAUUGGUCUUAAAUGUGGGGGGGGGGGAGACCCUUAUUUGUAGGGAUGCCCAUUUUGCAAAUGCUCUUUAACCACACUUCGAAUUACAUUUGCAAUGAAAUGUAUUGCAUAGCCUAAAAGUACUUUAUAUUAGGUUGUUCCAAUUGGUCCAAGGUGAAGUUGCAACGAUGUUCAUACUACUUAUUAAACCAGUGAUUGAAAAAUUUUGUUUUCAACAUUCAUCAGUGGCAACACAAGAUCUCCUAGAAACGGCUUAAAAUUCCUCCCAGACUUACACCAGAGCCCUUGCAUUUAUACAAUGUAUCAUAUGUUGAACCAUGAUGAGGCCCAAAUGAAGUAAUUGAAAACCCAAAAUAUAAAUUGGCAAUAUAAAUUUACAGUUCAAUGAAUGUCAGCUUACUGUAAACAUUAAAAAUAUUUAAAAAAAAA